AUGGCCUACAAUCCAACCGCCGACCAGAUCGAGUGGCAUAUGCAUCAAUUGAGGCAAUGGAUGGUGCCUACGUCGGUGCCGGUGCCUUCCAAGCCUCCAACAACUGCACAGCAACGAACCUUCCCGCAGGAGUUCUACUUACAGAACGUGCCUUCGAAUGAUAUGUACGACUAUGACUCCUUCGGUACUCCAGGUUCUGCGCCGCCGACUACUCUGACCCGUGCUCAGACGUUUACCAACUUGUCCGAGUAUGAUUUCUCUCCCAUGGAAUACUUCACUCCGGGCCAAGGCCCGGCGACGCCUGUGAGCUGGGCAGGAGAAGAGCGGGGCAACUUCGAUGAUGGCCUCUCCAUCUACUCAGAGGCACCCUCAAGCUAUUUGUCCUCGGAUCUAUCAGAGCAGAACCGGCUUGAGUCCAUCAUCUCAUCGAGCCGCACUACUCCUCCCACCACCGUUCCACAGUCUUCGGCUACCUCUGCCCCGGAUCAUACUUCUGAGGUUGACUCGCUCAUGAAGACUUUACAACCUCCGCAGGUGCUUGUGCCAGCGAGCAGCAGUCACAGUGGCAAGCCCAAGAAGCACCUGUGCCCUUAUCCUGACUGUUUCAAGUCCUUCUCUCAGCCAACACACCUCAAGAUCCACCUCCGUUCUCAUACAGGAGAGAAGCCUUACACGUGCUCUGUUCCGUCGUGCAGACAGACGUUUUCGCAGUUGGGCAACCUUCGAACUCACGAACGACGGCACGUCGGCCAACGACCGAACCGCAAGAGAUCCUCAUCCGAUCCAGGUGCCCGAACUCGCCGGUACGAAUGCAAACUCGAUGGCUGCAGAGGCUUGGACGGCAGCCAUGGAGGCAAAGUCUUCACACAACUGGGAAAUCUCAAAGCACACAUGAACAAAUUUCACAAAGAGACCUUGGCAAAACUAUCCGAACAGUUUGCAAAUAACGAGCUGAACCCAGAGCACGCUGAGCUUCGUCAAUAUUUCCAGGACCUCUACAAGCAUAGCAACAAGGGCAUAAAAGGGAGGGGCAAAGGUCGGAAAGUCGAGGUGAUUGUUACGCCUGAACCACAACCUUGA